AUUCCGUGUGCCUGUGAAUGUGCUUCAACAUGUUCUACUUCUACAAAAGUGAAAGACUUCCUGAAGCCUCAGCACCUUUUUAAAAGUGCGUCUGAGCAAACUCAAAGAUCAAGAAACAGCGAGAUUAAUGCCAACGCCACAACGCUUUACUGUCGAGUAAAGUUACCAGCUGAGUGUCCACAAACACGAAAAAACUUUUCUAUGCACACUCCACCAGUAGUGAAAAAUGGAGAAUCCUCAUCUCGACACAGACGACUCAACACUCUUUGACCAGAGUUUAACCCAGAUAAAGAGACCAGACUCACCAGUAUUCAGCAGUGUCUCUAUGAAGAGUGAUGCGUCUAUGGAUCAUCCUUUAAAAUUCAAAGAUGAAGGGCACUCAUCUGGACACAGUCUAACCCAGAUAAAGAGGCCAGACUCACCAGUAUUCAGCAGAGUCUCCAUGAAGAGUGUUGUGUCUAUGAAUCCUCCUUAUAACUUCAAAGAUGAAGGGCACUCAUCGGGACACAGUGUCCGACAGGAGGCAGAAGACAGGAAGGAGCAGAAGAUCUUCACAGAUGCAGUGCAUAAAUCUUCAUCUGAUGGAACUGAAGUUCAUAAGAAAUGCAAAUUAGAUCUGCUAAAGAAGUUUCAGCAUGUAAAUGAGGUGAUAACAAACCAGGGAAACCCAACACUUCUGCAUGAGAUCUACACAGAGCUCUACAUCACAGAAGGAGACAGUGGAAAAGUCAAUAAUGAACAUGAGGUGAGACAGAUCGAGGCAGCAUCCAGGAGAGCAGCAACAGAGGAAACACCAAUCAAAUGCAGUGACAUCUUUAAGCCCUUAUCUGAAGAAGACAAACCCAUCAGGAGCGUUCUGACAAAGGGAGUCGCUGGCAUUGGAAAAACAGUCUCUGUGCAGAAAUUCAUUCUAGACUGGGCUGAAGGGAAAACAAAUCAGGAUGUUCAUCUCAUAUUUCCACUUCCUUUCAGAGAGCUCAAUUUAAUGAAGGAUCGAAACCUGAGUCUGAUGGAGCUUCUUCAUUUCUUUUAUAAGGAGAUAAAAGAAACGAACAUUUCCAGCUUGGACAAAGUUCUGUUCAUUUUUGAUGGUUUGGAUGAGUGUCGUUUCCCUCUGGAUUUCCAGAACACAGAGAGAGUGUGUGAUGUAACUGAAUCAGCAUCAGCGCAUGUGCUGCUGAUAAACCUGAUCAAAGGGAAUCUGCUUCCCUCUGCUCUCAUCUGGAUCACCUCCCGACCAGCAGCAGCUGAUCAAAUCCCCUCUGAGUGUGUCCAUCGACUCACAGAGGUACGAGGGUUCAAUGACCCGCAGAAGGAGGAAUAUUUCAGGAAGAGGAUCAGUGAUCAGAGCCUGAGCAACAGAAUCAUCAUACACCUGGAGUCAUUAAGAAGCCUCUACAUCAUGUGCCACAUCCCAGUCUUCUGCUGGAUUUCAGCCACUGUUCUAGAGAGAAUGUUGGGUGAAGCAGAGAGUGGAGAGAUCCCCAAGACUCUGACUCAAAUGUACACACACUUCCUCAUCAUUCAGACAAACGUCAUAAAGAAAAAGUACACAAAGAGCAGAGAGACAUAUACAGAAAUGGUUCUGAAACUGGGUAAACUGGCUUUUCAGCAGCUGAUGAAAGGCAACCUGAUCUUCUAUGAGGAAGACCUGAUGGAGUGUGGCAUUGAUGUGACAGAAGCAUCAGUGUAUUCAGGUGUGUGUACACAGAUCUUCAGAGAGGAGUUUGGGCUUCACCAGAGUAAAGUGUACAGCUUUGUUCAUCUGAGCAUUCAGGAACACCUCGCAGCUCUAUAUGUGCACCUGACAUUCAUGAAUGAAAAGAGAAAUGUUUUUAAAAAGCCAAUAUUUCUAGAAUUGUUGCUGAAAGUUACGAUCUCAGAUGUCCACAAGAGUGCUGUAGAUCAGGCUUUAGAGAGUGGAAAUGGACAUCUGGAUCUUUUCCUUCGCUUUCUUCUGGGUCUCUCACUGGAGUCCAAUCAGAUCCUCUUACAGACCAUAGUGACACAAACAGGAAGUAGCUCCAACAGUAACCAGGAAACAGUUCAUUACAUCAAGAAGAAGAUCAGUGAGAAUCCCUCGACAGAGAAAUCCAUCAAUCUGUUCCACUGUCUGUAUGAACUGGAUGAUCAUUCUCUAGUUGAGGAAGUCCAGCACUACCUGCAAUCUGGAAAUUUACAACAAAGCAAACUUUCUUCUUCUCAGUGGUCAGCUGUGGUGUUUGUGUUACUGACAUCAAUGCAGGAACAGGAUGUGUUUGUCCUUAAUAAAUAUACCAACAAACACUGUUCAUCAGAUGAGGUUCUUCUGAAGCUCCUGCCUGUGGUUGCAGCAUCCAGAAAAGCUCAGUUUAAUAAUUGUGGCCUAAAUGAGGAAAGUUGUGCAGCUUUAGCCUCAGUGCUCAGCUCUGAAUCCUCCAAUCUGAGAGAACUGGAUCUGUCUGAAAAUAAACUCAGAGACUCAGGAGUGAAGCGUCUCUCUGCUGGACUGGAGAAUCCUCACUGUAAACUGGAGACACUGAGGUUGUGUUAUUGUGAUAUCUCAGAUGAAGGCUGUGCUGCUCUGACUUCAGCUCUGAGAUCAAACCCCUCACACCUGAGAGAACUGGAUAUGACUGGGAAUAAACUCAGAGACUCAGGAGUGAAGUGUCUCUUUGCUGGACUGGAGAAUCCUCACUGUAAACUGGAGACACUGAGGUUGCAUUAUUGUGAUGUCUCAGAUGAAGGCUGUGCUGCUCUGACUUCAGCUCUGAGAUCAAACCCCUCACAUCUGAGAGAACUGGAUCUGUCUUGGAAUAAACUCAGAGACUCAGGAGUGAAGCGUCUCUCUGCUGGACUGGAGAAUCCUCACUGUAAACUGGAGACACUGAGGUUGCGUUAUUGUGAUAUCUCAGAUGAAGGCUGUGCUGCUCUGACUUCAGCUCUGAGAUCAAACCCCUCACACCUGAGAGAACUGGAUCUGUCUAGGAAUAAACUCAGAGAAUCAGAAAAGAAGCAGCUCUUCAGUCUUAACCUACAGGACUUGAGGUUAUGAAGAAUUUUCAUCUGAUGCAGAUUCCAGAGAAGAUAUUUUUAAUGAAAUGUGCUCGACUCACAGCGGCAUUUCCUGAACAUUUUUCCCUCACACUGAGAAAUAAUCUGAAUUAAAUGUAACACAUUUCCACAAAGUGUAAGCACAGACAGUGUGUCUAAGAUCUAAAGAACCUGUGCUUGCUUGGUGUGAUUCUUCAUCAUCAUAGGACUUUACAGAGUGGUGCUGCAGCACUACUAUCAGGAAUAAACACUUACUGAAGAUCAAUUCUUUAUUUUUAUUAUUACACAAUUCCACUGUUAUACCCUACAGAAUCCAGACAUCAUGGCAGAACUCAGGUUCUGGUUAAGGUUCUAGUUGCGCUGGUCUACACUCCAGCCCAUGUCUUCCACCACCCCACCACUCUACCACUCUAACCAGUCAUCUUUUGGAAGACUCUAAAAUCACCAGGCUGAAGCCGUGACUAUUUCCUCAACAUGCUAUUGCUGCUCUGUGUUCUCUUUCCUGUGAACACUGCUUUGUUUUGGUUUUAUAACAUUCUGAAGAUAUCUAAUUGCUGUGACUGUUCAUUUGUUAUAAACAUUCAUCAGCUUUGGUGGAAAGCAUGAGUCUGGAGAGUUAACUGGAGUUUUCAGAUCUUUUAAGUGGACUUGUGCUGUUGUAACCCAACCACCUCAAGGAUUUUCUUUGUUUUUCAAAUCCAUUCUGUAUAAACUCUAGAGACUGUGUGUAAAAAUCCCAGGAGAUCAGCAGUUUCUGAAAUAUUCAAACUGGUCCAUCUGGUACCAACAUCCAUGCCACGGUUAAGUUGCAGAGAUCACACUUUUUCCUCUUUCUGAUGUUUGAUGUGAACAUUAAAUGAUGCUCUUGACAUUUAUCUGCAUAUUUUUUUGUUGUUGUUGUUGUUGCUUUUUGUUUGUUUUUGCAUUGCGCUGCUGAAUGGCUGAUUGGAUAACUGCAUGAAUGAGAAGGUGUUCAGGUGUUCCUAAUAAAGUGGACAGUGUAUAUGUAAA